AUGCAAAUCGACGGCGAACAGCGCGGGGAGCCAGCGCUGGCGGAAGGGUCGGGGGAAAGCGUUUCUACGCACGCAGCUAAGCCUCCGCAGCAGAGACCAGCGGGCAGGGGGAGAGAGUGGCGGAAAGGUCUGAAGAGUUUGUUCGGGUCAAAUUCGGUCAAGCGGAGAGGGGAAGUGGAGGAGGGGUGCAGUGUCAGAGGGGGGGAAAACACAACUGGCGGAGUCGAAACCGUUGCGACGGGGGAAGCGGAGGCAGCAGAUACGCGAAUGGGGGAGGUGAGCUCACGGGAGGAGGAGGCAGAAAUGUCGAGCAGCGAUUUUGUAACGGGGAUGAGUACAGCGGAGGUGGACGAGUCGGGUGACUUUCGGCGAGUUACGGUGGAGCUACAGUACUUCCAAUUGAAUUCCUCCAAGGACCUUGUUGCCACAGUUCAAGUCCUCCAGUCUCACGCUGAGCAGCAGCGGGAGGUGCAGCAGGCGCAAGCGGUUCUGCAGCUGCAGAACUACGCUGGACUGGGAACAGUAGUUCUAGAGGGUGUAGACGCUUCCCUUCCUCUCGUUGCCACCUCUUCCCCACCCCUCCUUCCUGAGGAGCAGCACAUGGAGAACUGCCGCAUGAUGGUGGAGCACUUCCCUGCCGGCGCGGAGCAACACAUGGAGAAUUAUAGAAUGAUGGUAGAACACUUCCCGGCUGGCGCUGUCUUGAUCUCACAUGCGGGCGAAGAGGGUGAGACCAUCCUCGUCAACAGCACUCUCGAGGCCAUGCUGGGCUGCGAAAAGGGCUCCAUUAACAGCGUCGACAAAUGGUUCACUACACUAUACGCGGAAAAAGCGCGCCGCGCGAGGCAGCUCCACGAGGCUCGGCGCGUGUCUGGGAGCAGCAAGGAUGUGACGAACACGGUGCAGCAGAUUAAGAAGAAGGACGGGUCGAAGCUGGUGGUGGAUGUGACGACGUAUCAGUUUGACCUGGGGGAAAUGUGGCUCGUGAAUGACAUCACCGAGAGCCGCAAGAACCAGUUCAAGUUCCGCAUGCUCUUCGAACUGUCCUCGGAUCCCAAGCUGCUGCUCAACCAGGAUGGGCGCGUGUUUGACUGCAACCAGUCCGCCAUCCGCAUUCUCAAGUGCGGCACCAAGGAAUCGCUCCUAGGCAAGACCCCCUGGGAACUCUGCCGUCCGCAACAGCCCUCAGGCCAGCGCUCCGCGUUCCUCAAGGCCGUCCUCGACGACCUCGCCGCCAGCAAUAACGUCCCCGCGCCCGCGGGCUCCGCGGGAGGAGUCCCGGGCGCGACGGUGCUGAGCGGCGCGUCCGCGGUGGGCGGGGAGAAGCGGUACCGAUUCGAUUGGCUGUUCGAGGACGAGGAGGGGCAGGACGUACCGGUGGAGGUGUUAUGUAAGAUGGUGAAUUUCUUUGGCGAGCCGGUGUAUCUGAUGGUGUGGCACGACAUGGCGGAGGCGCGGAAACAGGAGGCGGAGCUGCGGAGGGCGAAGGCGGAGGCGGAGAAGGCGAGCAAGGCGAAGACGCAGUUUUUGGCGAAUAUGAGCCACGAGAUCCGCACGCCCAUGAACGGAAUCAUUGGCGUCGCUGAUCUGAUGCUCGCGACGCAGCUCUCUCCGGAGCAGUGCUCGCUGCUCGAAACCCUAAGAUCGUCGUCCGAGGGCCUGCUACACAUUCUCUCCGACAUCCUCGAUUUAAGCAAGAUCGAGAACGAGAAGAUGGUCCUCGAUUUUAGCAACUGGCGGUUGCGGGAGAACGUGAGCAACUGUGUCGCGCUGUUCCACGGAUCCGCAACCGGGAAAAACAUCCGCAUUAAAGCGCGAGUCGAUAAGGACGUGCCUAUCGAGGUCUUCGGAGACUGCAUGCGCGUGCGUCAGGUGGUCACUAAUCUACUAAGCAACGCGAUUAAGUUCACGCCGGCCGGGGGACACGUGUCGGUGCGCGUCAGCCUCGUGGAUCCGCACGCUCCGGGCCGUGGAAAGCGGCGGGAGUCGUUCUCGAGUUUGGAGCCGCUAAGAGAAAACGCGGACAUGGAUAAAGUGGUGGUGCAGUUCGAAGUGAAAGACACGGGCAUCGGGAUUCCUCCCCAUGCUCAGAAGAACCUUUUCCAAGCCUUCAAUCAGGGCUCUUCGUUCACCUUUACAGUGUGCCUUGGGGUCACAGAAGCCGCUCCAAGUGACGUGGAGAGCGCAGGGGAGGAAAGCAUUGGCGAUGAGGAGAGCGAGGAAGAGGAGGAGGAGGAGGAGGGAGAGGAAGACGAGUACGAGGAGGGCGAGGAAGAGGAGUGGGAUGAGCUGGGCGAGGAGGACGAAGGAGGGGUAGAGGAUGAUAUGAACAUGGAAGGAGAGGGCAACAUGCCUGAGAGUCAAACGGACGACGAGGAGGAGCAUUGGGCGAGGCACUUGGUUCGGGCAGCAACCGAGAUUGCCAUUGGCCGGUCCCGAAAUUCUCGUGCCCAAUCUCUCGUAAAUGCCGGAAAAGGAGGAGGUUCGGGGCAUGGGGGGCACGGCUGUCACAAGAAGGUUUUCACGGACGAGCUGCCCGAGAAGCUGCCCGAGUGUGUGAAGACGUGGAAGGUUUUGGUUGCGGAGGACAACACGGUGAACCAGAUGGUGGUGACCCGCAUGUUGAAGAACCUUGGGAUUGCCACGGAGGUGGCAGAGAAUGGGCUGAAGGCGCUCCACGCGUGCGAGAACAACCACUACGAUUUCAUCCUCAUGGACUGUCACAUGCCGGAGAUGGAUGGGCUGGAGGCCACAAGGCAGAUCCGUAAUGCGGAGCAGCUGCUGCCAAGCCGGCCGCCCAAGUUCAUCGCAGCGCUCACUGCCAGCGCGUUCGACUUCGAGAGAGAGGCGUGCUUUGCUGCUGGCAUGAACCACUUUCUGACCAAGCCGAUUCGGCCGAAGGAUUUGGAGGACCUUGUGAUGAAGCUGGUGGAGAUGCGCAAGUGA